CAAGAUAUGAACUGAAGCGUUAUUUUGUUUUCAUAAAGCCUAGGCCUUAUAGAAACCACAUGCUUUAAAUUGUUUGAGCAGCUGAUCCGAAGUCGAUAAAAAUUCAAAAGCUCACAGUAACAUGUCAUAAUGGCAACAGUCAUCACUGUUUCCUUUCUCUGGCUUAAGCACUUGCAGAGCUUCUCUGCUUCGUUAAUGGCGGAAUCCCCUUAGAGCUGAGAGGUUCGAUCCACGCUUCAAUUGGAGAAGAAGGAGAAAACUUUUGUCUUAAUAAUGCCGUUCUCGCAUGAAAAUCAGCCCGAAAAAAAUGGUGGCUCCGCUCCUUCUUCGAGCAAAACCACCAUAGCCGCGGUUGCUAAAGCCCUUUUACCUACAAGACGGAGACUGCGCUUAGACCCACGCUCCAAGCUUUAUUUUCCCUAUGAACCGGGUAAGCAAGUGAGAAGUGCUAUAAGGAUUGUCAAUAUAAGCCGCUGCAAUGUGGCAUUUAAGUUUCAGACUACUGCUCCGAAGAGCUGCUACAUGAGGCCCCCUAGUGCCAUGCUUACUCCAAGGGAAUCCAUAAUAGCCACUGUUUUCAAAUUUGUUGAGCCUCCAGAAGAAUCUGAGAAGCAGGAUAAGAAGAGCAAGGAUAAGUUCAAAAUUGUCAGUAUGAAGAUUAAAGAAGGCAUGGAGUUCACCGUGGAGCUGUUUGAUGAGCAACGAGAUGCUGUCUCAGUGGAGCAGAUCUUAAAAGUCAUAUUUCUAGAUCCAGAUGCACCUUGUCGAGAAUUGGAGAAAUUAAAGAAUCAGUUAGCGGAUGCAGAAGCAGCUGCCGAGGCACGCAAGAAACCUCCACCUGCAGAAGAAGACACAGCUGCACCUCGCCAAGUCGGUGAAGGUCUCGUGAUUGAUGAAUGGAGCAGAAAGAGAGAAGGGAGAGGUAUCUGGCUCAACAACAAGGUGAAGCAGGUGAUUCAGGUGAUGAGUUUAAAGGAUCGGCAGUCAAAUAGGGAAGAUUCAAUCCUAUGUUGCUUUUAGAAAGUGUGCAGAAGAAUGGAAUGUCCAAUCCUUGUAAGCUACAUGACAUUUUCUCUUUCUUCUUUCAUUUGGGGUUUGCGGGUGUUAUAGAAUGGUCCUCUGUGCUAUGUUGAAGUGAGGGAUUAGGACAGACAUUUCUCUCUUUUUCUUGGAGUUUAGACAAGGAUCACCAUAUUUAUGAGUUCAUGGGGUGCGUGCGAAACCCUGCUUGCGAAUUCAAAACUCCUUAUAUUGUCUUUUGAUUUCCUUAUCAUUUAUGUUUCUGUUUGUUUGCACA